UAAAACAUGGCCGCGCCCACGAAUGACUCACAAAAUAACAUAACAACGUAACGCAGUGUUUUUUACUCUCAUAAAAGGUUGCUUUUAUAGAACUUGAAUAAAGGAAAGUGUGCCAUGACACAUCUUAAAUAGUCAAGAUGUCAUUUAAAAGAGAUGGAGAUGAUCCAAGUCAGUUAAAUCUGCUAAAGAAACGUCGAGUAUCGGACCUCUUAGCUGAAAAUAUUCCGGAGGAAGAAGCAUUUUUGAUGCGAAAUGGAAGAUAUGCCUGCAUGGUUUGUCAUUAUCGCCCAGUGUUUAAUACAAUACCCAAUCUUGUAAGCCACCGAAGCGGCAAAAAACAUCGCAGUGGUUUGGAGGCGUACUACGCUAAAAAACGUGACUUGAUGAGAGAAGCUGAGGAGAGAAGGCAGUAUCGGGAGCUAAUGAAGCAAGAAAAGGGUCGAGUCGUACACGAAAAGGAUGAAGAUGCCUCCCCUCUGUUGACUCAGACAAGAAAAGCUACUCAUCACGCAUUGAUGACUUCCGUUCCCUACAAGGGUUACAAAAGCACCUCAACGACUGUGCAGGGGCAAACGUUUUCUGAGAAAAGAAGAUCUUUCUUUCAAACGGUGUUUGCAAACUCCCUGCAGGGUGGAGUAUGGCUGCCUUCUGCCCCUCAGAAACAAGCGUUACCGGGAAACGGAGGUAGCUCAAUCAACACCCAAUCAUCUGAAACCCCCUGUGCUGGUUAUACGACGAGGGACGAAGCUUCAGUUAGUCAAGAUGGCGACGUCGCUGAGGGUGAUCACCAGCAGGGGGUCAAGAAACAAUUGGACGAUUCCUUUACCCCAAGAACGUCUGGAGUUCCACUGACUCUAACUGAGAAGCGACAGCCAGCCACAUUCGAGCUUAAGCCCUACGUACCAAAGAACCAACGGAACAGACAAGAUCAAACGGAGGAACUCCUUCCGUCAGAAGAGGCAACAGCUCCUGCCCCUAUUGUUAAGAGUGAGGAUAUUCCUAUAAAAGAACCAUUGUAUUUUGAAUCCCUGCCUACGGAUGAUGUAGUUGAGCAGAUCGUUUCAAAGCCAGAUGAAGCGGAUUUGAAACAGACAGCGCCAAUACCUUCUAAGAAUGAACCCAUACAUACCAAGAAGGUGAAGAAACACUCAAAACAUCACAAGGCAGAAAGCAAAGUCUCUGAGGAUGCAAAGUCUAUAGAGGAGCGAGAACAGUACUACAAAAUGACCAGUUCAGGUUGGAAGAGUGAUUGGAGGGGAGGUUGGGUUAAAGAUGAAGACGUCGAGUUUGACUCUGACGAGGAUGAACCAACUCCGAUAAACAAUUGAGACCUCUGCCCCAUCCCAAAAAUUAUUAACAACCGUUUCAGACAAGCACUCCAGAGUCGCGCCGAACCGGAUUCCAAAUUAAGUACAUAAAAAGUUUGACGUCUGAAACAAUCUGAACCAAUCUUUUUAUGUUCUGAUGAACAAAUUUGAAAUUAUGGUAAUUUUUUUCCAUAUUAUGAUGAAUGUCAUUUUACAUAUCUCACUGAUUGUUGUACAAAAUCUGGGAUAAAAAUUAUUUAUUUUGGUUUUUACCCAUAUACACGGAUGUGUGUUAGCACUGUAUGCUCAGUACUUUCCGGAGUUUUGUGGAAAAAAUCACAGGCUCGGAUGGGAUUUGCUGCUGAAAUAUAGGAUUCAAACUGCCUCUAGCUACUGGGCAAUCUCGGUGGUUCAGUUGGUAUGACACUGCAUGAGAA